AUGAGUAAGCGCAGAGCAGGUAAUGAACUAACAAAAGACAAUUGGGAUGAGGAAGAAGAAAAAGUUGACCCAGGAAUAUUUAAGGUUGCAGACGAAUCUGUAUUAAAAAACCGAGUUCUGAAAAGAGCAAAAAGAACAUUACAAAGAGAUGAAUCUGGUGAACUAAAACCAAUAUUUUCUGGAUUUUCGGGAUUCAACAAUCUAUCCAGUAAUCUAAAUUCCAAACAAGCAUUUUCUUUUUUGUCAAAAUCAAAUGACACACCGAGUGAAAGUGGAAAUCAUCCAUCUGCAUCAACGAUUAAUUCAUUGACAACAUCUAGUAGCUUAACAUUUUCAGAAAGUAACAGUUCCAAAAGUUCAAUUCCGCCAAUUGUAAAUCAUAUUAAGGUGAUGAAACUUAACGAGGCAUUUGUUAAAUUUAUUACAAAUGCUGUGCAGAAAAAUCCUUAUUGUGUGCUAACUCCUUCAUUGAAAGACUAUGAAAAACAAAUUAGCAAAUUUGUCGAUAUUACUAGUUUCAAAACCAAUACUCCUGAUACUUCAAUGGCUUCUACUAAAGGAUCUCCACAAAUAUCAGUAAUGGAAAGUAAAAUAACACGUACAAAGAACUCUGAUGAAAUAAAAAAUAAUUCUGUCAAUGUCCAGAGAAGUGAAACUAGUUUUACAAAUCCAAUUGGCAAUAUUUCUUCUAGCAAUGACCAAUUGUUUAGUUUUGGUAAUAAAAUCCAAGACACUAAUGACCAAGUAUCAAGUACAAAUGACUUGAAACUUGACAUGACAGUCACAGAACAUACAGAAAAAAAAGAUGUUGAAACAAAAUUGCAACCAUUUUCGUCAGAAGAAUCAAAGAAUACACUGACAGGGACCAAUGGAUUCAAGUUGGGCGAUUUCAAAUUUAACAAUCAGUCAUUGUCAAGUUCUUUUACUAGCAAAUCUCCUGACUUUAAAUUAAAUGAUGAAAAAACGUUGCAAUUUAGUUCAAAUGAUAAAAAAAAGUCAUCCUCAGAAAAACCUAUUGUAUGCAAGACAUUAAACACAAAGCCUCCAUUUAAUUUCGGAAGUACUCUACCGUUAUUUUCAUUUAAAUCUACAGAACAAAAUAAUUCCAAGCCAUUCUUUAGUUUUGGAUCAAAAUUGCCUACCUCAACAUUUUCCCCUAAAAAUUUGGAGACUCCUCAGGAACCUCAAAAUCCAAUAGACGAAGAUGAGGAUCAACCGCCAGUUGUAAAUUAUACACCUAUUAAAGAGAAUGAUGCAGUUUUUGAGUCUAAAAGUAAACUAUUUUGUUUUAAAAAUGGUAAAUAUGAAGAACUCGGGGUUGGUCAAUUGUAUUUAAAACCAGUUGAUGAUAAAAAAAUGCAAUUAAUUAUGAGGAAUGAUAGUGCCUUGGGAACUAUCAUGGCUAAUACGUUACUGAAUGAAUCUGUUAAUUUUACUAAACGCAAUGCAAAAAAUGUUCAAUUAACAUGUGUUCUUGAUCCUACUAAAAGUACCAAACCGCAAACGGUUCUAUUCAAAUUUAAAGAUUCACAAAUCACCGAUUCAUUUGAAAACGAACUAACCAAAUUAAAAAAGUAG